GCACUAAUGUUGUCGGAGCUCCUCUUGUCCAAUUUGGUGUGAACGCAGCGCAAGUGUGGGCUUUGUGUGAGGCCGGAAGUGGAGCGUACAACAGCGUUAAUGCCUUUUGGGGUUUAUUUGAAGUAAAGCCCAACGCUUAUGCUAAACAUAGAGCAGCGCUGUGCGUCGGAUCAGACUGAAGUGCCUCAACACAAGGAUGGCUCCACGGAUAGAUGAUGUCAUGCGUCUGUGCUGUGAACUGUCGGCUCAUGAGCAGAUCAAGGUCACGGUUAAAAACUCAACCAAAGGAGCAAUGGUGGCAGGAGGAACGGCGUUCGUGGGCGGGCUGCUGGGUGGACCUGUCGGGAUCGCUGUGGGUGGAGCAGUAGGCGGUGUCUUGGGCAGCUGGAUGACUAGCGGCCAGUUCAGGCCUCUACCUCAGAUCCUCAUGGAGCUGUCUCCUACUGAGCAGCAGAAGCUCUAUGAUGACGUUAUGGCUGUCUUGGACAACCUGGAGUGGAUGGACGCGGCCCAGCUCAUUUCUCUUGUGAUGGGCAACGCCACUCUACAGCAGCAGGUGACUUCUGCAUUGCUCAGCUACGUUACAAGGGAACUCCGAGCGGAGGUUUGCUAUAAAGACUGACCUAUGAUUUUCAAAAGGACUUGUCAGUGUGGCAAACAGAAUGGACUGUCUAUAACGCUCUAAAUUGAAGAACCUGUAACUCGUUCCCUUUAAGAGUCUGGUAGAACAAGUUUUGAUGUCUGGAACUCAUGACUUGAGACACUAUUCAGAAUAAACAUUAAGUGUUGUUUUUCUAA